AAUAUUUUUUGACUAAUCAAAAUUUGACAACAUAACCUCAACGCUUUAUGAAAAAAUGUAAACAAGUCUUUUCUUGGGAAUUAAAAAUAGCGCACAAUUAACUUAAAAUGAUUUGUUAUUUAGGGAAAAUAUCUUUAUUAAGUUACGUAUUAACAAUUUUAUCAUUUUCAUUAACAUUUUUACCAAGUGCCAAUUACAAUUAUUUAAGUGUAAAUAUUUUCGUUUUAAUCCUAGCUAUUUCAAGUCAUUUUAUCCUCAUAAAUGUAUUUGUUAAGUUAAUAUGUAAAGGAGAAACGUAUCAGGUUGCUGUUCGUGCAGUACUACUGGGGUAUGUUUUCUCUCUUGGUGUAUUUAUAAAAAUUUAUGGAAAUGAAAUAUGGAAAAUAUUCGCUGUUUAUAUGUGUAUAUUAUCAUUUUUUCACACUACUGAGUAUUUAUCCAUGGCUGUUAUCCAACCAAAUCUGGUUAAUACAGAUUCGUAUGUGAUUAAUCAUAGUCGUGAAUAUACCAUUGCUGCUGUUGCAUCUUGGACUGAAUUUUUUUUAGAAGCUUAUUUUUUACCAGAUCUAAAAUGUUUUAUGUGGCUCUCAAAUAUUGGAGCCAUUAUAUGUAUUUGUGGUGAAAUUCUUCGAAAAGCUGCAAUGUUAACUGCAAAAUCCAAUUUUACACAUAUGGUUCAAUGUGAGAAACAACCCGAUCAUGUUUUAGUAACUCAUGGAAUUUAUAGGCUUUGUAGACAUCCGAGUUAUGUUGGAUGGUUUUAUUGGUCAAUCGGAACUCAAAUAACCUUAUUAAAUCCAUUUUGUACAUUGGCUUACACUUUCGUUAGUUGGAAAUUUUUCAAGGAACGAAUUCAUAUUGAGGAGAUAACGCUACUUCAUUUCUUUGGACAACAAUAUCAUGAGUAUCAACAAAAAGUUUCCACCGGGAUUCCUUUUAUUGAGGGAUAUAAACUUAAAUCUUUAUAGGUUUAAAAAAAUUAAUCUGAUAAAACGGAACAAAGAAAUGUGGCGAUAAAUGUUAAUCAAUAAUAUCUCAAUAAAUAAAUAUAUUAAAACAAA